AAUUGAAAAAGAAGAAGAAGAAGACAAUCGUCAAAUGCUUGACUUUGGUUUCAGUUCUUCUUCACGACAGCUCAAGGAAGAUCGGCUCUUUGAUGGGAUGGGACACCAAUUCACCAUGGGUUAUGAUGCUAUCAAAUACUAGUACGUGUUAUCUUCAGAAUAUAUAUCAUGGCAUCUUCUGGACUGGGAAAUGGAGUAGGCACUUCGAGAUCUGCCAAAGGUUUAAAGACCUCUUCUAGUUCAGUCGAUUGGUUGACUAGAGAUUUGGCUGAGACGAGGAUAAGGGACAAAGUAGAGACCGAUGAUGAGAGAUUGCAGGAUAGUGAACCAGAUAUUAUUGAUGGGGCUGGUGCUGAACCUGGUCAUGUUAUUAGAACCACACUCCGUGGUCGAAAUGGUCAAUCAAGACAGACAGUCAGUUACAUAUCAGAACAUGUUGUUGGUACUGGUUCCUUUGGCAUGGUUUUCCAGGCUAAAUGUAGGGAGACUGGGGAGGUUGUUGCUAUCAAGAAGGUUCUACAAGACAAGCGGUACAAGAACAGAGAGCUACAAAUAAUGCAGAUGCUAGACCACCCCAAUGUCGUUGCUUUAAAGCAUAGCUUCUUCUCAAGAACAGACAAUGAAGAGGUUUAUUUGAAUCUUGUCCUUGAGUUUGUGCCUGAGACCGUCAAUCGUGUUGCAAGAAGUUACAGUAGGACGAAUCAGCUGAUGCCACUGAUAUACGUUAAACUCUACACCUAUCAGAUUUGCAGGGCGCUUGCUUACAUCCAUAAUUCCUUUGGUCUUUGUCACCGUGAUAUUAAGCCUCAAAACUUGCUGGUGAACCCACACACGCAUCAGCUAAAAAUAUGUGAUUUCGGGAGUGCAAAAGUGUUGGUAAAAGGAGAACCCAAUGUUUCUUACAUCUGUUCAAGAUACUAUCGUGCUCCAGAACUUAUUUUUGGUGCCAGUGAAUACACAACUGCAAUCGAUAUAUGGUCCACUGGUUGUGUGAUGGCCGAACUACUUCUUGGACAGCCUCUAUUUCCUGGUGAGAGCGGAGUUGAUCAGCUUGUUGAAAUCAUUAAGGUUUUAGGUACACCAACAAGGGAAGAAAUCAAGUGCAUGAAUCCAAACUAUACAGAAUUUAAGUUUCCCCAGAUAAAACCUCAUCCAUGGCACAAGGUGUUCCAAAAACGUUUGCCACCAGAAGCAGUUGAUCUUCUCUGUAGGUUCUUCCAGUAUUCCCCUAAUUUGAGAUGUACAGCUUUGGAAGCCUGUAUUCAUCCGUUAUUUGAUGAGCUAAGAGACCCAAACACUCGUCUUCCCAAUGGCCGACCACUUCCUCCACUUUUCAACUUUAAACCGCAAGAGCUAUCUGGCAUCCCUCCUGAAAUCGUGAACAGGCUUGUACCAGAGCAUGCCCGUAAGCAGAACCUCUUCAUGGCUUUGCAUUCAUAAGAUGCUUAUCUGUUUUUGCAUCUGUACUCUUGGCUUUUGUUUUUGGUGAGUUCUUUUUCUUUAAUUUUUGUUUGGUUGGUUAUAUGGAGAUGAGGAUGCAUGAAUACAAACAGUACUUGAGGUUUGCUGGGUAUAAACCACUUGUUUGUUU